CCCUGGCCUGGUUUCCUGUUUAAAGACGACCGAAAAGAAAUUCUGAAAUGCCACUUUAUUUACUGUCCAAAAAGUAUGUAAUUAAUUGUUAUGUGACGUAAGCUUAUAAAAUAAAUGAGUUUCAACUUAACUGCUUCUAGCUCUUAAGAAAAAUGAUAUUUAAAUUCAAGGGUUUAUGCGUUAAUUGAAUGAAAAUGAAAAAUGAAUCUAAAACUAAAUUCUAAAUUUACUACAAAGUUUGAUAAAAUUAUAUUAUUUAUAAUUUAUUAUAGGCACAUACCAUAUUCAUAUAUUAUAUAUCAAUACUUAACUAAAUAUGGCAUAACCAUAACACAAGUCAUAAGCUAAUUACAAAAAAUUAAUAUAAAUUACUUAAGUUUAAGCUAUGAAGUUGAAGUAGUCAUACUCACAUAACUCAUAGAGUUAGCCUAACUAACCGGAACCCUUACUAGUCCUACUCUUAAGCCCUAAGUCAUAAAAAACUUAAAGUAGCGUUAAGUUAAGUUGGUAUUAUUCUGGGAUAAACUUGUUUAAGCUUAAAAUAAAAGUCUAACAGUUGACCUGCAGCUUGUGGUGUUAAUUGCAUAGAAUUUAGAAUUUUAAUCACAUUCACAUUGAAAGUUAAAGGUUAGAGUUAGGCCCACUCCCCUGCCCCCACAUCUGAAAAUAAUACAAUUUUCCAACAAUUGUCUCUCUUAGCAUAAGUGUCAGACAGUUGAGACAGACAUAAGACAUUAAUUAUGCUAUUUGAUGAAUUAUUUACAAAAAUAAAUUAAAACUAUUUAUACUCUAUUUGUACGUAGUAAGCUACAAGUCUUAACAAGUAGGCCCUAUACUAUAGUUGUAAUAUCAAUUUGAAAAAAAAAUCUUUACUUCUACUUAUAUUUAUAUAUAGAAAGCCUUUUUUUCUCUAAACAUAAAACAAAAUAAAAAUUUUAAUCUUAUGUUUAACAUGGAUUUAUAUGUAAAGUCAAUUAUGUUGCAAUAAAUAUGUUAAAAUAAUUAACAAUUUUCACAACAUUAAACAUUCUGAUGAUAUCAUUAAGAUAUAUUAAAAAUUAUUGUAAAUUGUAACAUCUUAUAAGUCAUGAAAAUUAUGAUUGGUAAUCAAAAUCAGACUUGUGAUUCAAGAGAUGUUUUAAAGAAGUUACAAAAUGUACAUUUUAUAUUGAAUUAUUUUGCUUAGAUUUCUUAACAAAGUCUUUGUUUGCACUAGUCAAUGUCAGUGAUCAGGAAUUUCUUAAAGGCACUACAAUAAAUAUUCAUAAAACUAUUUUUAAUUAAAAACCAAUAUAUAUUCUCCUUGAUCAAUUGAUUAUUUUUGGAUGGUGAAUCACUUGAAUUGGAAUUUUUUUUAAACUGUUGGAGAAAUAGUUAACCCUUAAAUGGAGAUGAGAGGUGGUAUGACAUUAAUUCAAGGAAAAUUCCAGCAACUCCUGUGAUGUCCCUGGUGCCAAGCAUCUACUUAAUUUUAAAGUUCUCUUGGGUUAACGACUGUAUGGAGAGGGUCAUCUUCUGACUUGGAACCACCUUAUUCUCCAUAAAAAAUCAGAGGCCUUGUGAUUUUGCAUCUUCCAGCAAAACCUACAAAAUCAUCUUUUUGAGACAAUAAAUAGAUGCAACAAAAAAAAAAAAAUUAAAAAAAAAAUAAUAAUAUUUUUCAGAAAAACUCCAAAUUUUAGAAAAUGAAAUUUAAUGUUUAGCAUGAUUUGAGAACAUAUUUGGAAACAUUUUUUAAGGGGUAUUAAGCUUUUGUUUUCAUAAUUGAACUCAUUAAAUGCUUAAAAAAAGCAACGAAAAAGAAAAAAAUAGCUUAAAAUCUUAAUUUCUGAAUUAAAAUUUUUUGUAACAACUUCAAUUAUUGUUUGUUUUUGAGAGAUUCUAAACAUAAUUUUUCUACCUAUAUUUUCAGUCAUUGCUUCUAAAAACUGCAAUGUUUGGUGGCUCACAGACCAAUGUUUUGGCAUUGACACCAGGAAUAUUACCAGGAAGUCAAAAUUUCCCUUCCAGCUCACCAACAGAUUCUAGAGUACCCAUGACCCCUAAUAUUAAUCGUAAUUAUAUUCUUCUUUAGUCACGUAUACGAAUAAUGUUAAUUAAAUAUGUUCUUUUUGCCUUUACAGACACAUAUUAUAAGGCAACAUUAAAAAUGAUUUACACCAUUGUGGUAACUUACCUAUGUAUUAUAAAUUACUGGCAGAAACAAAACACUUUCCCUCAAACGUGCUACUCCUAUCCAAGAAAAUAUAUUUGAAUUAGAAAAUAUAUUUGGAUUAUACAAUCUUUAGUUUUUCAUUAAAUUGCUUUAUUUAGAUAUAAAAAAAGUAUUGUAAAUUAAAACCAAUCUUUUACAAAUCUUCUCAACAGGGCAUAAUAUUUCUAUAGACCAGUAUGUUCCAUCCACCCCAGCUUCUCAAACUAGACACCAUCAUGUGCCUACACCACUUACUCCAGAAAUUACCACUCCAACACCAAGGCCAUUGAUCUCUUGUGGGACAUCCCCUAUAAAUAUCUUAACUCACUUGCAGUCAUCGACCCUGGUUCCCUGUGUAGUUCAGAACAAUACAAGUGGUAAGUAUUUAUGAAAAGCUUGAUGAGGAAACUUUUACUCUGGCCAUUCAGCAGUCCAAAAAUGGUGUUUUUGUUUAUUUAUAUGUUGACUGGUAUUAAUAAAACCUUUUAACAAAAAAUUAUAAUUGCUCCUUUACCGCAAAUUUCUUGUCUCUUGCAGAUCAGUUAGUGCCUACAACACCUGAAGGUUGUAUCCAGAUAUCCCAAAAUGAUGGAGAUAAAGAACAGCCUAUGGUACCAACAAAGGAUAUGCCUCCGAGUAAAAUAAAUUCUGACCCAGUUGAAAGAAAUAAAACUCAAGUCAAAGGUUCAACAAAAAAGAUAUGUUCAUCUCGUCGUAGGCUUUCUCUAGACAAAACUUGUGAGAAGCCUCCUCAAAAUUCUCCACCCAUCUGUGUUAGUUCCGACAACUCUGCAACUAGUGAGAAUAAUAACCCUGCUUCAGACCAAGAGUUUCUUCCAUCACUGCUGACUAGGCAAAGCACUAUUGAAGGCUUUCCACCAUCCUCAAACCACCUCCCCUCACUUGGGGCAUACCCACAAUCUUACACUCAGACAUCUCCGAUACAUAAUCGUUCCUUAUCUCCCCAUCAAGGCACCUUGAACCAUGGACAAAAUAUAAAAACAACAACCGUAGGUCAUCCAUCUUCAAGAGGGUACGAACUACAUGAAGCCGGACCUGUCCCCCAUCCAUCCUCUGCAUCCUUUGCACCGCAUGAAACUAGACCUUUGGGCUAUUCAUUAUCAACUGUCACAUCAUCACAUAGCAGAGAUGAGGUGACCCUUGCAAGACGUCAGGCUCAGUUCGGGACGUGCUUAGUUCACUCUCCAUCCAGACACCACGUUGUACCAUGUCAGAGUGCUCCCAAAAUUGAUCUCUUUUCUGGAGAUGACAUUUUUUUCUGUUAACACAAAAUUGUUUGUCAAAUUGUGUUAAUUUAAUGUUAAAAUCCAAAUCUCAUUAACAAAAACAAGGAGAAAAAAGUAGGUAAUACAAUAUGAAUAACAUAAUUAAUAUAGAUUUGCAGCGUUUGCAAGAAGAAAUGAUUCUGAGUUUAGAAGUGGUGGUAAAUGUACUAGAC